CACAAUUUCUUUCAGCAAUCUUCAUUUUCCCGCUGUCAUGUCAUGUCUGUAAUAGUACAUAUACGUACAAGUUUCAAGUGGGCCAAAACCAACUAAUGGACUAUGGCGGAAGAAGAAGAAGAGACGUGGUCCUUGACCUCAGGGCAUAGGUUCAAUUGGGACAUAUUCCUCAGCUUCAGAGGAGAAGACACGCGCCACGGAUUUACCAACAAACUCUACAAUGAACUCGUACGGAAUGGUGUACGGACAUUCAUCGACGACGAAGGCCUGGAUCGCGGCGAAGAGAUCGCUCCGAAUCUCUCGGCCGCGAUCGAAGACUCGGCAGCUUCGAUCGCCGUGAUUUCACAGAACUACGCCUCUUCGAAGUGGUGCCUCGAAGAACUGGUGAAGAUCUCGGAAUGCAAAAGGCUAUUACUGCCUGUUUUCUACGGAGUUGACCCGUCGGACGUGCGAAGACAGAAGGGUCCGUUUGAGGAGCACUUUAGGAAGCACGAAAUUGUGGUGGAAGCGGAGAAGGUUUGUCGCUGGAGAGAAGCUAUGAAAAAAGCUGGUAAUAUCUCCGGUUGGGAUUCCAUGAUCUGGGAAGAAUCAGAGUUAAUCCUGUCUCUAGUCAAGAAAGUUCUGGAAAAACUCGAUAAUACACCGUUAGGGGUGGCAAAAUAUCCAGUAGGACUUCAUUCCCGUCUUAAUGAGUUACGCAGGAAAUUGGACGUGAAAGGAAAUGGUGUGAAAGUAUUAGGACUAUAUGGAAUGGGGGGAGUUGGCAAGACCACUCUUGCCAAGGCUUUGUACAAUCAGUUUGUUGUUUAUUUCAAGAAACGUAGCUUUAUUUCAGAUGUUAAAGAAAUUGCAAGGCGCCAAAAUGGUAUGGCCACUCUUCAAAGCAAACUCAUUGGUGAUCUUAAGUCAGGUGCUUCGCCAAUCAUAGACGAUACUGCUAAAGGUAUCCGAUCAAUCAAGGAGUCUAUGAAUAAUGAGCCAGUUGCUAUUUUCCUAGAUGAUGUGGAUAACGCAGACCAACUCCGUGUGUUGGUUGGCAGGAGAGACUGGUUUUGCCAAGGAAGCAGAGUCGUUGUCACCACUAGAGAUCAAAAUGUUUUACUCCCAAGUGUUGUAAACGAAACUUUUGAGGUAAAGGAGCUUUCUUUGUCGGAGUCACUUACGCUAUUUAGUUAUCAUGCAUUCGGAAGAGAGCAUCCUCCUAAGAACUUUUCGGUUCUUGCUGAAGAAGUUGUAAAACUCAGUGGGGGAUUACCUCUGGCUCUGGAAGUCUUCGGAUCUUUGUUGUUCUACAAGAAAAGAUUGAAGGAGUGGGAAGAUCUCGUGCAAAAGCUGAGACAGAUUCGCCCGGGUGAUCUUCAACAUGUCUUGGAAAUAAGUUUUGGAGCUCUAGAUGAACAAGAAAAGAGCAUCUUUCUUGAUUUAGCAUGUCUUCUUCUUAAUACAAGGCUUGACAGGGAAGAUGCAAUUGCGAUAUUUGAAGGUUGUGGCUUUGGCGCUGAAAGUGCAAUCACAGAGCUCACAGCAAAAUCGCUUCUCAAAAUCGUUGAUGGGAAUAUUUUAUGGAUGCAUGAUCAGCUCAAAGACAUGGGAAGGCAAAUCGUACUACGUGAGAAUUUUGGAGAUGCUGGUAAACGCAGUAGACUGUGGAAUCAUGGCGAUAUUUUGACUGUCCUUAAGAACCACAUGGGGACAAGAACAAUUGAGGGCAUUGUGCUCGACUCUGAGAAGAAGAAUGAUCUAAAACCUAAGGAAGUAAAGUGGAUCUAUUUGAAGAAAGUAUUUAGAAAAUAUAUUGGUCAAGGUAUAAAGGAAAAUGGUGUAACAUUUUACACUAGAGCUUUUCAGCGCAUGGUCAAUCUGAGACUUCUUCAAAUCAAUCAUGUCAAAUUGGUCGGAAAUUUCAAGCUAUUACCUGCUGAACUGAGGUGGCUGCAGUGGAAAGGUUGCCCUCUGGAAGUUAUUCCUCCAGAAUUACUGUCCCGAAAGAUUGCGGUUCUUGAUUUGUCGGAGAGCAAGAUUACACAGCUCUGGAAUAAGAAAAAGUGGAAUUGCUACCAGAACAAGAUGGCAAAGCAGCUGAAAGUCAUGAAUCUACAUAGUUGUCGCCAACUUAAGGAAAUCCCUGAUUUAUCUGGAAUUCAAUUGGAGAGGCUGAUUCUUGAACAAUGCAAUGAACUAGUUAUGAUCCAUCCGUCAAUUGGAGACUUGACUAAGUUGAACUAUUUGAACAUGAAGGACUGUAAGAGCAUUUUGGCAUUUCCAAAUGACGUGUCUGGAUUGAAACAUCUACAAAUACUUAUCCUAUCUGGUUGCUCAAGUCUAAGUGAAUUACCAGAGGACUUGAGUGGCUGGAAAUCUUUGCAAGAGCUUCUUCUAGAUGGCACGGCAAUAAGAAAGCUACCUAACUCUAUCUUUCACCUGAAGAAUCUUCAAAUCUUGAACUUAAAUGAUUGCCGAUCUUUGGAGUUGCUUCCUAGAGCCAUUGGGAAUCUAAGUUCGCUGAGAGAGCUUUCUUUUAACGGAUCCGCUUUAAAGGAAAUGCCUGAUUCCAUUGGAAAUUUGAAAAAUCUUGAGGAAUUAGGCUUGAGAAUGUGCAGGGGACUCAUCUCACUUCCUGAUUCCCUUGGCGAUCUUAAAUCUUUAGUAGGACUUUAUCUUGAUCACAGCUCCAUAAAAGAAUUGCCAUCUUCUGUUGGUUUAUUAUCUCAUUUGAAGUUCUUUACGGCCAGCAAUUGCAAGUCCUUGAGUGAAUUGCCCAAUUCCAUGAGUAACUUAUCGUCAUUGGUUUGGCUUUGUCUACAAGGGACCUCAGUUAGUGAACUAAAUUUCCAUUUAGGAAAUUUCAAGUCCCUUGAGAAGCUUGAGAUGAGGAACUGCAUUUCAAUCAGUUGUUUACCUGACUCAAUUGGAAAUAUGUUAUGUUUAACUACUUUGGCCCUAUGCAAUACAUCGAUUACUGAGUUACCAGAAUCUAUAGGCUUAUUGGAACGACUUUGGAUGUUGGAGCUGAAUAACUGUUUGAAUCUCCAACGUCUUCCGGCUUCAAUUGUAAGCCUUAAGAGUUUGUGUUACCUAUAUAUGGAUGAAACUGCUGUCUCCGAAUUACCCGAUGAAAUUGGAAAGCUUUCAAGCUUAAAACUACUGAAGAUGAGAAAGAAACCACAGCCUAGAGUGGACGAAAAUGAGGAUGGUUUACAUGUAGGAGAAAGCUCUAAGCGCGUUACUCUUCCAGAAUCAUUUUCAAAUCUAUCAUCCUUGGAAUUCCUAGAUGCUCAUGCAUGGAAAAUAUCUGGAAAGAUUUCUGAUGAUUUUCAGAAGUUGUCUGCUUUGGAAAAGCUCGACCUUGGACACAAUGAUUUUUGCAGUCUCCCUUGUAGCAUGAAAGGACUUUGUGUUCUCAAGCGUUUGCUUCUCCCUAACUGCAGAAAGCUCAAGUUUCUCCCUCAACUUCCCUCAAGUUUGGAAUGGUUAAAUGCUGCAAACUGCUCCGCGUUGGAACAUAUAGCUAGCAUAUCAAGUUUGGAAUAUUUGGAAGAACUCAACUUCAGUAAUUGCAAGAGGAUAAUGGAUAUUCCUGGCCUUGAAAGCUUGAAAUCUUUGAAGAGGUUGUAUACUCUCGGUUGCAACGCGUGCUUUUCUUCUAUAAAAAGGAGGAUUUCCAAGGAUUGUCUAAGGCAUAUGAAGUAUCUCUGUGUUCCAGGGGAUGAACUUCCAGAUUGGUUUAUUGAGGAUGUACCUAUUAGCUUCUCAACUCGCAAGAACCGCGAUAUCAAGGGGGUGAUCAUCGGUAUAGUUGUGUCUCUGAACCAACAAGUAGAGGAUAAUUUCAGAUACGAAGUCCCAGCGAUCGUGGAUAUACAGGCAACGAUUACCAGACAAGGUGAUGUUGAACCUAAACUUAAGAAAACUUUGUACUUGUUGGGAGUUCCUGAUACAGACGAAGAUCAGCUCUAUUUAUGUCGAUUUCAAGAAUACAGUGAUUUUACCCUUAUGUUGGAAGACGGAGACACAGUGCAGGUUGGAAUUAAAGAGCGUCCACGUUUUAAUGGCCUCGAACUGAAGAAACAUGGGAUGUACUUAGUUUUCGAAAAUGAGGAUGAUUUUGAUGAUAAUGAUGAGGAUUUGUUUGAUGAAUCUCAGCAGUCUGUGUCAAAGAAACUUACUAACUUCUUUCAUUCAUUAUGAAACAGCUCAUAGCCAGAAGUGAAUCCAGCAUAUUAUAGAGUGGACUCCCAGAAUCGGACAAUAUAUAUGAUUUGUACAGAAAAUUCAAAGAAGAAUUUAUAGAAAUGUGUAUAAUGCUUACUAGCUACUGGCAAUUAUUUUCAUAAUCGAACUUAGAAACUUGAAUAUAUUUGAUUUUUGAUGUGUGACCGCAGUAUGCCAGAAGUGCACAUAUUGAUCUAAA